GUUAGACAUGGAUUGGGUGCAUUGCAAUACAUGUUUUGUUUUGGCAUCAGAUGGAAAAAGUAAAUUUCAUUUAACAAGUUGUGGGCACAUUUUUUGCAAUGAAUGCAUUUCAAAAGAUGAAGAGAAGAAAUGUAAAACUUGUGGUCAAAAUUACACAGGAGCAAUUUAUCUUUCAAAUCAGAUGAAACCAGAUGUACAGAUUUAUUUUACUGAUGUUAAAGAUAUAUGCAAGAAUGCAAUUAAUCAAAUACAACAAGCUCAGCAGGUGUUUGAAUUCCAAAAGGGUCAUUCUCGAAGAUUGGCAGCUUAUCGAAGCAAUCAGUUAUCGCAAUUAUCUGCAACUAUCAGUCAAGUUAAAGAAGUAGAAAGGAAAUAUCAAAAUGCUAUUAGCGAAAUGGAUGUUCUUAAAAAGUUUAUUUCUUCACUGGGUUAUCAAGUUCAAGAUAUUCUUGCUGCACACGAUUUUAGCUAUCCUAAAACUCCAAAUGUAUCAAAAGCUCAACAAUGCUCAUCUGCACAAUAUCCAACAACACCUGGACUCGUAAAUAAAAGUAAUUAUUCUCAAAAUAUCCAAAUGCAAAUGCAGUCUGGGCUACUCCAUACACCUUUGAAGGCACAACUACAAAGUCCACUACGAAAUAUUCACUCAGGAUUAGUUCUGCCUCAAUCUCUUCAGUCAAGUCCCCUUCGCCUAAAUCAGUCUGCACCAACUGGAGUUCAACUUUCAUUAGUUAGUCCAAGCUCUAUUAAUAGAAGUACAAAUAUGGUAUCAAAUGGAAGAAUUUCAUUGAGGACACCACCUGUCAAUGGAAAAUUAGGUCCGAUUGUUAGUCCUUCACUUCAUGGGAUUUCUCCGAGGUUGAAUCGGUUAGCAGUGUCACCCUAUCAGCGAGAAAUUAGUAGUCAAAGAGUUAGCAAAAUUACACAAAAUUUAAACGUUACACAAUCAGCUUCUUCACAAAUGACUCCACAAUUGGCUCCUUUACAGCGAAUCUCUUCUCUUGAUGAAAAGCGGCCUAUACAACUUGGCCAUCUCAUUCGUCCUGGUUUUCCAAGAUUUGAUGGUUCUAGACAUCAUGGAGCUACUUGAUUUGUUAAUACUAUAGCCAUAGGUGUACAAACAUAUUAUAUCUUUUUGUGUGUAUAUUUAAAUUUGUGUUUUUAAAUAGAUACAAUUAAUUAUAAAUAAUAUCAUGCUAAGUGACUGUCUUUUAGUAACAUAAAAAUUACAUUUUCAUGUUAUAGUUUUUAAAAAAGUUGAUAUAAAGUUGAAAUUACUGGUUCCCUUUUUUUUUUUUUCUUUCCACUAUAUAAUUAUAAACAUUGAAUAUCGAGGUCAAUAAAAAAUAAAUUAUAAAAAUGUACAGCAGAAAUGCUUAAUAAGGAAUGAACGCAUGUAAAUUUAAAAAAUUACGAAAUGAACUAGAUUGUAAACUAAUUGUUGCUAA